AUGACCCACCCCUACGACCCCCCAAUCCAAUCCCUAACAACCUACCUCUACAACCACACCAUAAGCAACCCAACAGCCUACGCCUCAGCGCGCAUAGCCCUCCUCGACGCACUAGGCUGUGCCAUCGAAACAGCCUCGAAAAGCACCGAAGCGCAGAAACUCCUCGGUCCGCGCGUCCCGGGCACGAUCGUUCCCCAUGGGUUCAGGGUCCCGGGUACGGAGUACCAGUUGGAUCCGGUGAAGGGGGCGUUCGAUUUGGGUGUUCUAGUUAGGUAUUUGGAUCAUAAUGAUGCUCUUUGGGGGAGGGAGUGGGGACAUCCUUCUGAUAAUAUAGCAUCCAUACUCUCCGUGACAGACUGGCUCUGUCGAACCAACGAACCAACCCACCAUGGCCCCCCAAUGACAAUAUACACCCUCCUCACGGCCCUCAUAAAAGCCUACGAAAUCCAAGGCAUCUACGCACAAAGCAACGCCUUUAACACCCACGGCACAGACCACGUCAUCCUCGUCAAGCUCGCCUCCGCAGCCGUCGUCUCCUGGCUUCUCGGCCUAACCGAGUCCCAAACAAUGGCUACCAUCUCGCACGUCUGGAUGGAUGGCCAUCCGAGCCGGAUCUACCGCGGUGCAGAGGACACAAUACCCCGGAAAGGAUGGGCGGCGGGGGAUGCGUGCAUGCGGGCGGUGUAUUUGGCGUUGCUGGUUAGGGCUGGGCAAGUUGGUGUUCCUUCGGUGUUGAGUGCGGUGCCGUGGGGGUUUUAUCAGCGGGAUUUUGGGGGGAAGGGGUUUGAGUUUAUCCGGGAGUUUGGGGAUUGGAUGGUUAGGAAUGUUUUGUAUAAGGUUAUGCCGGUUGAGGGGCAUGGGAUUGCAGCUGUUGAGGCGGUUUUGGUUCAGCGGAGACGACUUUUGGAGAUGGGUUUUGGUGUGCGUGAUGUGGAAAGGAUCGAGAUAAGAACGACUAGGGCGGCGGAUCUUAUUAUUAAUAAACGGGGGCCCUUGAGGAAUGCGGCGGAUAGGGAUCAUUGUAUGCAGUUUGUUGUUGCUUUGGCGUUGUUGAAAGGGGGUGUGCCUGAGGUCGCGGAUUAUCAGGAUGAGAGUUGCUGGGUCAAGAGUCAGGAAUUGGAGAGCUUGCGGGAGAGAGUUGUUGUUGUGCCGGAUGAUCGGUUGACAGCUGACUAUCUCGAUCUGGAGAAGAAGAGUAUUGGGUCGGGGUUGAAGGUGUGUUUAUGUGAUGGUACUGUCCUGCCAGAGGUGCUGGUGGAGUAUCCAAUUGGUCAUGUCAGAAACCCUAAGACUUCGGCUGCUGUGCGAGACAAGUUUGUGAGGAACAUGCGUUUGGUAUUCUCAGAUGCACAUAUCGCUAGAAUUCUGGCUGCUGUUGAGGACGAUGAGAUGGGUAUUUCGGAGUUUGUCAAUUUGUUCUGGCUCCAAGGGUCGUCAGGCCCCAGGCUUUAG